UCUAUGAGACUAUGACUAUAUAAUUAAUUAGCAUAUUGCUGUGGAUGUGUUUAGAUUUUACGGUUAAAAAUUCAGUUUCUUAACAAAGUUUUGCAGUGGAGUAAGUUUGCACUUUUUCUUUUCUUGAAAUUGCAUAGAGUUUAAUUUCAUUUCAUUCUUAUAUAUAUGGUUCACUUCAUUAUCUAUUAAAAAUGUAAGAAUCAAUUCGAUUUAUGAACAAUUGAAAUUAGCAUCUUCAUAACCAAAUAACAAACUUUUGGUUGGUCUAAUUUAUAAUCAAUAAAAAUAACGCUGAUUUACAAUUUAAAAAUAUAAAUCCAACAGAUCAGCAUCCUUACUAUGAGCUAGUUAUCCAUCUAUCAUUAAACAGAAAUACUCAACAUUAUAUAUAAACUCAACAUCACACAUUGAUUCAUACAACUCUUCAAGCUUCCAUCAACUUUGACCCACAAAGAAAGAAAAAGAGAAGAAGAAAGAUUUUUUUUCUUGGGCAUUAUUCCCAAGUUUUCUUUUUUCUUCUUCUAACUAUUUUUGUGGGUAUUUCCAAAAAAAGAAACUUUUUUUUUUGUUUUUAUUAAAUCUGCUUUUAAAAUUUUAUAAAAAAUGGGAAACUGUUUGAUGGGAGGAAACAACGUUGCAAAAAUGGUUCAAGAAGACGAGGUAAUGAAGAAAGAUUACAAGAGAAAAGAUCGUAAAGUAAAGAUUGUUUUGAGAAGAGAUGAGUUAGAGAAACUCAUUCUUUUUCAGCUAAAUGCCAACGGCAACGUUGACGGCAAAGGAGAAACAACUUUGGCUUCUUUUGGCGACUUUCUCAGGGAGUUAGAGGCGGAGAGAUCUGCCGGAGAAGCGGCUGCAAAGGCGGCUGAGGAAGAGGAGGAGUCUCGUCGGAGAUGUCGUAAGUGGAGGCCCUCGUUGGAAAGAAUCACUGAAUGGCCUGAAGAAACACUUUCGUAAUCACUUUCUUUAAUCCUUUUUUUUUUUUUUUCAUUUAAGAUAAGGUUUUUAUUUUUCUUAUUAAAAUGGGAUUUUUUGUGGGGGAGUUUGCUCUUUUGCUGAUUUUUUUUCCCUUUUUUUACCGAGGGAUAUUUUUUCACCUGAGAAUUGUGUUGUCUCAGAGUGUUUGAAAUCAGCAAAGGCUUAUUUACCCCAGAGAAAAUCCAAAGAAAAAACGAAAUUAUGUAUUUUUAUUUUCGUCUUUCAUGUAAGGUUCUAUUUGUCGACAUAAAUAAACUAGUAGUUUAGUAUAAA